GCGCAUGUCUCCUGUUUUACGUCAGCGGCGGAAGGUCAGCGCUCAAACGGAAGUGAGAGUCAGAGCCCAUCCGCCAUUGUGGAGCAGAGCAGGGUUAAUAUUCUCUCCAGACGUUACACAGAGUGUGAAUGUUUCGGACUAACUUAAACACAUCACACAGCAGUCAGCCUCCCCCAGCCGUUUGACAUUCGCUGUCAGUGCCCCCCGAGAGGACCGCCGCCGACCGUUUGAAACCGGGCGAGGAGAUCAACGCCUGAGAAAUACGCUGUGAUUAUAGGGCAACCCGGAGAGAGGAAAAAUAACGUGAACCCGCAGCGGUGGCAGGAGAGACCGUGGACAGUCAUAACAGCGAUCAGCUCAGGCUCCCGGAGGAUGUCUGCGACAACUGUCGAUCAGAGACCUAAAGGACAAGGAAACAAAGUGCAAAACGGUUCGAUGCAUCAGAAGGAUGCUGUAAAUGAUGAUGACUUUGACAAUUACCUGAGCAGCCAGACAAAUCAGAGUAAUAGCUACCCACCAAUGUCUGAUCCCUACAUGCCCAGCUAUUAUGCUCCCUCUAUCGGAUUCCCUUACUCUUUGGGAGAGGCUGCUUGGUCCACCGCAGGAGACCCGCCUAUGCCGUACCUGACCACGUAUGGACAGAUGAGCAAUGGCGAGCAUCACUUCAUUCCUGAUGGAGUCUUCAGCCAGCCUGGUGCUUUAGGCAACACGCCCCCUUUUCUCAGCCAACACGGAUUUAACUUCUUUCCUGGAAAUGCAGACUUUUCCACCUGGGGCACCAGUGGUUCUCAGGGACAGUCUACGCAGAGUUCAGCAUACAGCAGCAGUUAUGGAUAUCCCCCGAGCUCAUUGGGCCGGGCCAUUGCUGAUGGACAGGCCGGAUUCGGCAGCGACACGCAACUUAGUAAAGUUCCAGGGCUCAGUAGUAUCGAUCAGGGAAUGGCCGGGCUCAAGCUCGGCUCCGACAUGUCGGCCGUUACGAAAACGGUCGGUUCUCCUUUAGGUGGGACGGCGGGGAUGAGCAGCAUGGCUGCCAACAGCAUGCCACCCGUCAGCUCCUCCGCACCAAAACCCACUUCGUGGGCUGCCAUCGCGAGGAAACCGGCGAAACCUCAGCCCAAGCUGAAGGCAAAGCCCAACAUGGGUUUGGGAAGCGGCGCCACGAUUCCUCCCCCACCGAUAAAGCAUAACAUGAACAUUGGGACCUGGGAAGACAAAGGCUCCAUCACCAAACCCCCUCUUGCGCAGCAGAUGCUGCCACCUCAACCCUUGGUGCAGCAGCAACUUUUGGCCCAACCACCAAUGCUGCAAAGUCCAUUGCCUCCUCAGCCCCAACCCCAACACCAGCAGCUCCAGCUACAAUCUCCCCAGCACCCUCAACAGCUGCCCCCCGGUCCUCCCCACCCUCACCACCACUCGCAACCAGGUCCUCCACAGCCCAUGCACCCACCUCAGGCGCAGAACCCCCCACCCCAAAACCGCUGGGUGGCUCCUCGGAACCGAGGAACCACAUUUAACCAGAACAGCGGCGUGGAGAACUUUGGCCUUGGGACGGGAGUCCCCAUGAGCUCGUCACCUUCUUCCAGUGAGGUUCACCCCGUGCUGGAGAAGCUCAAGGCCCUCAACAAUUACAACCCCAAAGACUUUGACUGGAACUUGAAAAACGGACGGGUCUUUAUCAUCAAGAGCUACUCUGAGGACGACAUCCACCGUUCCAUCAAGUACUCGAUCUGGUGCAGCACAGAGCACGGAAACAAGCGCCUGGACGGCGCCUACCGCUCGCUCGGUGCCAAAGGUCCACUGUACCUGCUCUUUAGCGUCAACGGCAGCGGACACUUCUGCGGCGUGGCCGAGAUGAAGUCAACCGUGGACUAUAACGCCUACGCCGGCGUCUGGUCCCAGGAUAAGUGGAAGGGCAAGUUUGAGGUGAAAUGGAUCUUUGUUAAGGACGUGCCCAAUAACCAGCUGCGGCACAUUCGCUUAGAAAACAAUGACAACAAGCCUGUCACCAACUCCAGGGACACUCAGGAAGUGCCCCUAGAGAAGGCAAAGCAAGUGCUUAAAAUUAUUGCGACUUUCAAGCAUACCACCUCAAUCUUUGACGAUUUUGCACAUUACGAAAAGCGGCAGGAGGAAGAGGAAGCCAUGCGAAGGGUAAGCGCAGCUUUCUGCCACUCUUCACAAUAGCAGAAAGCAGGCACUGCACAUUCAGAUCUCGUAAACAUUGUUACGUUUUAGUGCUGUCAGCAUGUCCAUCCAUUUCCAAAAGUAGUUUUUUUAUAUAGCAAGUGUUUCGGUCUCUCUUGCGUUUCAGAAAUAGGCAGCAGCAAGACAAAAACAGUGCAUUCAGUCAUAAUUAGAAAUGAAAUGUUUGAUCUGGUAACCCAGUACAUCAUUACUGGCGCUCUUGUAAUAAGUUGUUUGUGCUGUUGCCUAACACAGCUUGUGCAUAACACAUUUCCCCUAUAUUUCAAUUAACUCAACUGCUAAGUCUCAGAAGAUAGGUAUUGUGAAAUAAAUGGUUCUUUAAAAAAAAUAAAAAAAUAAAAAGUCUAUGACCGUUUAUUGAUGAAAGGCUGGCGUCGAGCUGUGACGCCAAUCAGCGUCUCUGCUCAAACAGCAGGCAGAUGUCCCAUUAAUAGAUUGAACUUACAUCAUUUCCUGUCCAACCAACACAAAUAAUUGAUGUCUCUGCCCCUUUCCUCGGCACCAGCUGCUUUUUAUCCUUGUAUGUUAGUUAUGAAAACAGAUCAAAUUUCACAUGAUUUAUCAGGUCAGACCUUUAAAGAUGUAUUGUGUCUUGCAUUUGAACAAACAGAGUCAUUUUGUAACUCAUCGUAAUUGAGCUUAAACUUGUUUGGAAGUUGUUUGACGCUGCAAGGUUUAGUACCUACACUAAACUCAUUGACCCAGCUUACUCACUUUAGAGUUUUGGGAGUGACUCCCAAACUUGUGAUGGUUUACGUGGUGAUAACCAUUGCAAUGUUUUGCCGUCACGUGCCUGUAUAAACAUGAAUGCCAGCAGUUUUUUAGUUUUAGAUUUUCUGACCAAAGCUACCAGAAAUGUUUUUGUCCAGCAAUUGUUAAUAAACUUCAGCUGAACAGAGUUCUGUGUUUAAUGCGUGUUAAGCUGCUGCUUUUACUCCUGUGAAUAACCAAAUUGUGAAUUGACUGAAUUUAGUUGCUGCAUUUAUAUGGCCUGUAAGCAGCACUGCAACUCCAUCGGCCUUGUUACAUCAGCAUGUCAUUUGUAUUCAGCUGAUUGAGUAUUUGUCACUUACACAAUAUAUGUGCAUUGUUACGUAACCCACUUUUAAGAUGAAUUGUUAGUCAAAAACAUAAAUGGAAAAAUUGCAAUCAAAAUGGCGCUUGGUCUAAUCAAGGUGUCUUGUUGUACUAGCUUUUUUUCGUGAGAGAUUAUCAAACCUCAAAUUAAGUUUUUUUUUUUUUUUUUUUUUUUUUUUUUUUUUUUUUUUCCAAAUCUCAUUUUCUUUCUAUUUCAUUACCUUGCCAAUCAUGUGUAGAUUGCCAAAGCCAUAAUAAAAUCAAGUAUUUAAAUUAAAAAGGUCUCCAAGGCCUCUGGUUUAAUUUGUGAAAUCUAAUGCUUUAUUGCUUUAUUUAACCUAAUGAAGUGGUCUUAAUCUGUGGCAUACAGCAGUGUAUAUAGAAAAUAAAUUUAUUAUAUUGAAAAUUAAAAUAUUUAUUUUAUAUAGCAUGGUGCGGUGCAUUUAUAAAUGUGUGAUGUUUUACUGCAAUUAUUUUUAUUUUUAUUAAAAAUCUUAAGCAUUUAAGAAUGAUGAGCUAAUGAAUUCUAAUCUAUUCUGUCAGUCUGCUUCAUUGACAUUUUGACAACUGAUCUAGUCAUCAGUCAACAGUGAGCUGUAAAAUCACUAUAGUCUUAAUGGUACUAAAUCACAUUUAUGGAUUAUAGCAUUUAUUAACUGGUAACCACUUCUUGAGUAUACACCUAACAAAUGAAAUUUCCAAUGUCAUCUGUUGUAAAUCUUGAAUGUUUUUGAGCACAGACUUAAGUUUGGUCUCUUCUUUUUUUUUAAAGACGACAAUAAUUGUAGAUUAUUGCUCAAGUGAAAGGUUUAAAAAAAAUUUAAAAUGUAUUAUUAUGAGAAAUUUUUACAUUUUCAAAAGAUCUGUUUUAUUCUAAAACUGCAAGAAAAGCAAUAAAUCUAAUUAAGUUGUGUUCCAAAUUUAAGAUCUCAAAAAGAAAAAAAAAUUGCUUCCAAUUUACUUCCAAUGCACCCAUUUUUGGGUUGUGAACAGUACAACAGAACAAGUUUUUACAGAGCCAUUUAACUUUUUCUAAUCACAUCCAUGAUUUUGUGUGUGUUUGCAUCACAAAUGCCAAAACCUUUACUAAGUUACAUACUAUUCAGAUUUAGUAAAAAAAAAAAAAAAAUAAAAUAAAAAUACAGAGUUCUGGCAUGAAACUCUAGAUGGCGCAGUCCGAUAGAUCUAGCUCAAUCUGACCUGGUGACAACAUUGGCAGCUGAUUGGUUCUCUCCUGUAUCGGUAGCCAAUGAGCUUACUGCUCAAUAUUCAAAUUCCUGGCUUUUGUUUGCUGUAGCAGUUUGCGGCACACUUCAGAAACCCUCCACCUUCCCCAGCUCCACCUGUAUAGAUCUGCUACGGGGUGAUUCAUGUAUGCUAUAUGGCGGGUUAUUCAUAUGUGUUACAUAUUCCUUAAAGACCAAAUACAUUAACAUUGUCAUGUACAUUACCAUGACAAUCACUCCGAGAGUUGUCAUGACAGAAAUAAAUAUAUAUUUUAAAGUCAAAAAUGACCAAACAGCACAAUAGGGUUAAAGGAAUAGUAGACAGAAAAAUGAAAUUUUGCUGAAAAUGUAUUCAUGUUCAGGCCAUACAACAUGUAAAUGAGUUUGUUUCUUCAUUGGAACAGAUUUGGAGAAAUUUAGCAUUACAUCAGCACACCAAUGGAUCCUCUGCAGUGAAUAGGUGCCGUCAGUCCAGACAGCUGAUAAAAACAUCACAGGAAACCACACAACGGUCAAAGUGAAAGCAAAAAGCAUGUCUGUAAUAAAAACAAAUCCAUGCUUAAGACAUUUUUAACUUUACAACCAUUGCUUCUGGCUAAAAUACGAGUCCUUUGUCCAAGAUAUUGAUUACUGAAAAAUACUGAAAAACUACCUUAGUCUGAAUCAUGACAGAAAUAUGCACAGAUCAAGCACUGGUAACAAGCAAAUACAGUUUUAAACUAAAAUAUCAGUGGAUUUAAAACACCAUGAUACAUUUUUUUUUCAGACAUUAAUUGAUGGACUGGAGUUGUGUGUAUUACUUAUGGAUUAUUCUGAUGUUUUAUCAGUUGUUUGAACUCUUACUCUGACGGCACCCAUUCACUGCAGGGGAUCCACUGUUGAGCAAGUGAUGUAAGAUAAAAACAUGGUUAUUUGAGGAAAUUUGCUGGCCACAGUGGUCCUAGACUUCAAACUGACACCUACUGGUGUAUUUGAGUUGCUUUGAGUUUGAGUUUUCAGUUACUGUGUUAUUAUAGAAUUACCCUGCUCACAAGCAUAUUUCUCAUGCACGAAUAAUUAUUCUCCAAUCCAAUAUCUCCAAAACAGGUUACUAAGAUGAAGUGAGCAGUAUUCAGCUGCUCAUAUAGAAUCUAUCAUGUGGCACAACCACCCUAAUGGAGCAUAAAAUGUCUUUUAUGUAACCGACAUCUUCAACAUUUGUCAGAAAUAUUACUACUUUUAAAAUUUCUUUUAAAUGUGAAAUGUUUUACUCUCUGCAUGUCAGAGAGAUCUAAUCAGCCUCAUACUGUUCGGAAACCACUGGCUGAAUCAGCAGUUUAGAUACUCAACCGCAAACUCAUUUUUACAGUUACAUGUAUCAGUAUUGCAUCAAGAUGUUGGACCUGCAUCUUCAGCAAACCAACAUUUAAAACCUUUUCAGCUUAGAUCCUUUUUUUUUUUUAAUUUAAAAAAUCUUAUUUAGUUGAUUUGACAAUUUUAAAUAUAUAAUUAUCUGCUCAUUUGACUAUUUUUACAUUUAGAUUAAGUCAUUUUUCAUACAGUGAACUUUGGAAUCAUAAUGUUAGCAUUUUACAUUUUUUUCAUUAUUUAGACAAAAUGGAAUUUUAUAUAUAGGCUAUUUCAUGACAAUUAUGAUCAGCUAAUAAAAAUCAGUUUAAGCAGUUUAUACUGAUUUCAUAAGCAACCGACAUGCAGUAAGUGUUUUUAAAGACUUCCAUGUCUGUAAGUUAAAACUAAACUAUCUUAGUAACAGACAAAGAUCAUCUUAAUGCAUCUAUGUUCCAUUUAAUCAUCUAAUUAUGUCUCUUUUCUCUCUUUCUCUUUCUUUACAGGAGCGAAAUAGAAAUAAACAGUAGGUUUACAGAGAUCUCCUUGGUAGAA